AUGGAGUUAGUGGACUUCCAUAGGGCGGACAACGACAACUUCCGGCUAGAAUCCAAGCCGACGCAAGAUGCUGGCGUUGCGCAUUCAGGAAAAGAGGUUGACCCUAGCAAGAAGACAACAUCCAGUCAAAGAUCUCAGGAUCCUCCGAGUCUCCAAGGCGUCCAGUUGAUCGUUCUAUUAUCGUGCCUUUUCCUUGGUAAUUUCACCAUUGGAUUUGACAGCAGUUGCAUUGGCACCCUUCUUGUGAUUCUCACCGACCACUUUGACGCUCUUCAAGAUAUUGGUUGGUACCAAACAACAUACUUGUUAACUUUGUGUGCACCUAUCUUGAUCAUAGGCCGACUGUACACCUUCUACUCCAUGAAGACGCUUUACGUGCUCUCUUUCACCGUCUUUGUCGCCGGCUCUAUCCUUACUGCUGCCUCGCCUACGUCUACUGCCUUUAUCCUUGGCCGCGCAGUGAGCGGUGUCGGUGCAGCAGGAAUAAACUCUGGCAUGUACAUGUUAGUAUUAAGCACGAUGGAUUAA